AUGUCUGAGGCAAGAGAUUAUGAAUUUGCUGAUUUAUUAGUAGAUGCAGAAACUCCUCUUUUCCCUAGUUGUACAACUUACACGAAGUUGUCAGCAAUCAUUACAUUAUACAAUUAUAAGUCUACAAAUGGUCACACAGACAAUAGUUUCAAUGAGCUCCUUAAGAUCUUAGGUGACAUGCUUCCAAAAAACACACUUCCAAAGGAUGUUUACUCAAUGAGAAAGUUGUUAAAACCAUUUGAUUUAGGAUAUGAGAAGAUUCAUGCAUGCCCAAAUGACUGUUGUCUAUUUAGAAAGGAGCUUAAAGAUUUGGACUCAUGUCCAAAGUGUGGUUCUUCAAGAUGGAAGGUAGACAAAGUCACCACCAAAGUUUGUAAAGGAGUUCCUGAAAAGGUGCUACGGUAUUUUCCUGUGAUACCAAGAUUGAAAAGGAUGUUUAAAUCAGAACAAAAGGCCGAAGACUUGAUUUGGCAUUCCAACCAUAAAAGUCAUGAUCAUAUGAUGCGUCAUCCAGUUGAUUCAAUAGCUUGGGAUACGAUAAAUCAUAAGUGGCCAGCUUUUGCAUCAAAUCCUAGAAAUCUCCGGCUUGGUCUUGCAACAGAUGGAUUCAACCCUUUUGGUGAUCUUAGUUCUAGAUAUAGUUGUUGGCCAGUUAUUUUGGUAAAUUACAACCUUCCUCCGUUGAUGUGCAUGGCGAAGGAAAAUCUUAUGUUGACAUUAUUGAUUCCAGGCCCGAAGCAACUAGGAAAUGAUAUAGAUGUAUACUUGGAACCCCUAGUGGAGGAUUUGAAGGAGUUAUGGGACAUUGGUGUGGAGACGUAUGAUGCAUUUAGCAAGUCAGUGUUCAAUAUGAAGGCUAUUUUGAUGUGGACAAUCAAUGAUUUUCCAGCUUAUGGAAACUUAGCUGGAUGUGCCACAAAAGGGAAAUUUGGUUGCCCAAUAUGUGGUGAAGGCAUAUCUUCUAUGUGGCUUAAGUAUAGUAGAAAGUUUGCAUAUUUAGGGCAUAGGAGAUUUCUUGCUCCUAAUCAUCCAUUCCGUCAGAAGAAGAAGUGGUUUGAUGGGAAUAAAGAGACAAAAGGAAAACCUAGGCCUCUGAAUGGAUUAGAAAUUCUUAAUGUAUUGAAAGACAUUGAAAAUGACUGGGGUAAAAAAAAAUUGGGUAAAGAUAUCAAUAAUACAAAGAAAAAGAGGAAGGAGCGUGAUGGUUCAAAAAAAGUUCAAAAACCAGUUCAAAUGUGGAAGAAGAAGUCAAUAUUUUUUAAUUUGCCAUACUGGAGUGGGCUCCUGCUACGUCAUAACUUAGAUGUUAUGAAUGUUGAAAAGAAUGUUUGCGAGAAUAUCAUAGGUACAAUGUUAAACUUAAAGAAAAAAUCAAAAGAUGGUGUUAACGCUCGCAAAGAUUUGAGGCACUUAAAUAUUAGAAAAGAAUUACAUCCUCAAGAAAAAGGGAAAAACAUGUAUCACUUGCCGGCUGCACCUUACACAUUGUCUAAAAAAGAAAUGGACGUAUUUUGUUCUAGGUUGAAGAAAAUAAAGUUACCUGAUGGUUAUAGCUCAAAUAUUGUAGCAUUAAGAAGUCUUUUACCAAAAGGUCCAUGUAAUGCUAUAUUUUUGCUUUGUGCAUUUUACAAUGAGUUAUGUCAAAGAGUGUUAGAUAGGAACCGUCUAGAACAACUCGAAGAGAAUAUUGCUGAAACUUUAUGCAUGUUGGAGAGGUACUUUCCACCAGCUUUCUUUACCAUCUCUGUUCAUUUGACAAUUCAUUUAGCAAGAGAGGCUCGCCUGUGUGGGCCAGUUCAAUUCCGCUGGAUGUAUCCAUUUGAAAGAUUUAUGAAAAUGCUUAAAGGCUAUGUGAAGAACCGAGCAAGGCCAGAGGGUUGCAUAGCUGAGUGUUACCUUGCAGAAGAACGAAUGCGAUUUUGUAGUGCUUAUAUAAAAAAAGCUGCUUGUAUUGGUCUCCGAUCUAAUCGGAAUGACGAUUUGGAAAAUGGAGUAGUGGAAGAUCGGAUUCAAUGGCUAGCACAUGGUCCAAGAAAGCAUGUUAUAUCGUAUACAGGUUAUAUUAUAAAUGGACAUCGGUUCCACACAAUUGAUGUUGGAAGGUCGACACAAGAUAGUGGUGUUUCAGUUGAAGCUGAUACUAUUUGGUGUGAUUGGGCUAAUCCUGGAACUGGUAUCAAAAUGGAUGAUGGUUUUACACUUGUCAACUUACACCAAGGACUAAGGACUUUUGAAAAUGAUCCUUUCAUUUUAGCCUCACAAGCAAAGCAAGUUUUCUAUUCUAGGGAAAAUGAUGAAUCAAAGUGGUAUGUGUUGCUAAAAGCGCCACCUCGAGGUAUUCAUAACAUGGAUUUGCUUGAAGAGGAUGCAUAUACAUCAUCAAAACCUCUUGAUGUGUCCAGACUUGAGAUUAACAUUACUGAGAAAGAACCAUAUUCCAGAAAUGAGUGUGAGGGAAUUGAUGUUAUUGAUAUCCCAUGA